CCUCCCUCUCCUCCCUCCGCCGCCAUGUGGGGCCGGCGGCGGCGCGGCGUCGGGCCCAGCGGCAGUGGCACGGAGGAGCUGCGGGCCCGGCGGCGAGAGCGAGAGGCAGCUCUCAGGAAAGCCCGGCGGCAGGAGCAGCUGGUCAGCAAGCGGCUUCUGCGGGAGGACACUGCAGCAGAGGAGGGUGGACAGGAUGGAGCAGAGAUCGUGCCGGACCCUCUCUCAGAGGAUGAGGUUCUUGAGCUGCUCAGAGGCGUGCAGAGGGCUUCAGAAGAGAGGAAAAGAUCACUCGGCCGUCUCCGCUGGGCUCUGCAGAACAAGGAGACUCAGCAGAAGUUUGUCAGGCUGGACGGCAGCAUCCGGACACUCAUUGGGCUCUUCACCAGCAGCCUGGCUGACAUGCAGAUGGAAGCAGCCCGCUGUCUCCAUGAGCUCUCCCACUCCAGUGACCCUGCUGUGGCUGAGGCAUGUCUGCCAGUGACCUCCUAUCUCCUCACCUACCUCUCAGGACACAGCGUUGAGUUCAUGGAGCUGUGUUUGUACACGCUGGGGAACCUGGUAGUAGAAAGCGAAGCUGUGAGGAAGCAGCUUCUGCCUCAGGGCAUCAUUCCAGUGCUGGCAUCCUGCAUCCAGUCCCCGCAUGAGGCUGUGCUGGAAGGUCUGGGCUAUGUCCUCUCACAGCUCCUCCAAGCCAAGGAAGCCCCCACAGAGAUCAUACCCUUGGUUCUGGACUCUGUUCUCCCCCAGCACAUGCUUCGACUGGUUUGCUCUGGCCUCAAGGCUGGGAUAGGAACAGCCGUGGAGUUUGCAUGGUGUCUCCACUACAUCGUUUGUAGCCAUACAGCCAAUGCGGCAUUGCUGUCGCUGGGGGCCUUGCCUGCCCUCACCUCACUCUUGCUCGACCUGGCUUCUGAAAUCCCCCAAGAUGCUCCCGAGGGCCUGGAGCUGCUCGUCUGUCCAGUGCUGCGGUGUCUCAGCAACCUGCUCGCAGAGGAGACUGGCUGUGAAGUCCAGAUCCAGGACGAGCGCCUGCUCGUCGCCCUCUUCCUCAUCCUGCAGUGCUUCCUCCAGCAGCACCCGUUCAUCGUACAGGAGUGUCUCUGGCUGCUGAACAACCUCACAGCAGACAAACCCUUCUUCUGCUCCACUCUGCUCUCCCUCGACUUGCUCCCGGCCCUGCUGCAGCUCCUGCCAUGUUCCCAGAUGGCCAGUGUGUUGGUCCUGACAGUUCUGUGCAAUAUAGCGGAGAAGGGGCCAGGCUACUGCCAGCAGCUGCACCAGCAGCCUGCCCUGCCCCUGCUGCUGCCCACCCUCACGCUGCCCAACCCCGAAGUGGUGGGGCAGUGCCUCGAGCUGCUGCACCUCCUCUUCCUGCACUGGCCAGAGGCUGCUGCUGACUUUGUCAGGCAAGGCGGGCACCGGGCCCUUGAGCAGCACCAGAGCACCCCAGAACUCCAGGAGCGGGCACGAGCACUGCUGGACAUGGUUGGGCAGCCCCUGGGAGCCUCCGCCUUCAGUCCUUGCCAUGCCACGUUGUCUGCCUUCUCCUAGGCCACACCACCUCCCUUCCCUCCCCCUGCACUCCAAGGAGGAGUAAACUGUUUGUUCACCCUGUGCCCUCCUUUCCCAAGGGCUGGUUACGGGUCUAACCGCCAGCUGUAAGCACCAAUGCUGGCUGCAUGGGGACACUGGUCCUUGGCAAGAUAUGGGUGUUUCCAUCCUUGUUGCCACCUCGUAGCUACCAGCAGGCUGCCCCGUGCCUCCCCAGAGCUUGCUGCAGGAGCAGAGCUGAGCUGCAACCUGGGCAGAUGGGCUCUUGAUGAUGGGGAGAUGGUGUAUAAACCCUCCUGAAUUGGCUGUUCCCUCCAGCAUCUCCUCUUGGCUUUAAACCCAACAUGCGAAGCUCAGGGUAAGCACGUUGCAUUUAUGUGAUUGAUAAGUUAAAAGAUACAUGUUUUACAUUAAAGAUCAUCAGUCAAGUCUCCAGCGCA